CCAGAUCAGCUGGUGACCUACGAAGAGUACGCAGCAUUCCCUGGCUUUGCAUAUCGCUGUAAAUUUUGACCAAGGAUUUUAUUCGGUGAUAAAUUUGGAGAAUUUUAGAGAGGCCUAAACAGACAGACGGACAAAGUGACAGCAGUUUAAUUCCGCCAGUCGUGAUGACGUACGAUAGCGUUCUGAGACAGGUGGGCGAGUUUGGGAGGUACCAGAGGAGGGUCUACGUUCUCCUUUGUCUCCCCAUCAUCACCAGCGCCAUGCAGGUUAUGGUGACCGUCUUCAUCCUGGGGGUCCCCAAUCACAGGUGUGCUAUCUCAGAAAACGAUACCUACGCGAUACAGGGCACAGGACACGAAAUGAUGAUUAACCGCAGUGUGCCGCCUUCCAAAUUUCCUCUGUUGUCACCUUACUCACAAUGUGAUUUAUACAGUUACCAUAGCGACAACGAAUCAAGUAUCGAAGAUUCCAGCUUUAUCCGGAAGUGCUCGAAAUGGGUUUACGACAAGACGGAUUUUCUGAGUACUUUUGUGACCGAGGUAGACCUCGUCUGUCACAAGAAGUCUUACGUCACCCACACUGUGAUGUCAUUUAUGGCGGGAUUCAUGGUCGGAGCAUUCGCGUCUGGUGUAGUCGCCGAUGCAUUCGGGCGUAAGAAAGGACUUCUGUUGAGCCUCGCUUUACAUAUCAUCCCUAACAUCAUUGUGACCUUUGUCAGUGACCUCUUGACCUUUAUGUGCCUACGUUUCCUAUCGGGGGCCUCCGUUGGGGGUCUUUUGGCUGUGUCCUUUACUAUGAUAAUGGAGUUGGUGGGUCCAUCAUAUCGAAUGAUGUCCGGGAUCGCAUUGGAGCAUUUCUGGGCUUUUGGCGCUGUGAUACUCGCACUGCUUGCAUACUUGAUCAGGGACUGGCGCUAUCUUAACCUCGCCGUGUCCGUCCCCGCCCUACUAUUUAUACCCUACAUAUGCGUCAUCCCAGAAUCAUCUAGAUGGCUUUUAACUAAAGGAAGAGAAAAAGAAGCCGAAGAUAUUCUCCGCCAUGCAGCUCAUGUAAAUAACCGGAAACUUCCUGAAAAACUCUUCGACUACGAUGAAACGUUCGAAAACGACCGAUGCAUUCCGGUGUGGCAACUGUGUGUUACGCCAAAACUUCUUUUCAGAUCAGUGAUCAUUUUUUUUAACUGGAUGGUUGUCAGCAUGUUAUUUUUUGGCCUCUCUUUGAAUGUCGGAAACCUCGGUGGCGACAUCUACAUUAACUUCUUGCUAACAAGUCUGGCUGAAGUCGUAGGGUACUCAAUUCCCCUGGUAGCGCUGAAGUGUCUGGGUAGAAAACCAGUUUACGUUAGUUCUCUCCUAGUAGGUGGCGCUGCGUGUAUUUUGACCAUAUUUCCAGUUCUGUAUGGCAAUGCUAGCGUGCAGUGGAGCGUUGUUGGUUUGUCUGUUAUCGGGAAGAUCGGGGCCUCUACAGCGUUUGCCACCAUCUAUCUUUUUUCCGCUGAACUAUUCCCGACUGUCGUCCGGAAUUCCGCCAUGGGUGUUAGUUCACUGUGUGCUCGGAUCGGGGGAAUGAUAUCGCCAUAUAUCGCUGUUAUUAACGAAGUUAUAGGCGGAGACUUAGGGGUCGCCAUGCCCCUACUGGUGUUCGGAUUGUUUGCGUUUGUGUCUGGAUUGUUAGCCUUGAUACUUCCGGAAACUAAAGGGCGUCAUCUACCGGAAUCUAUAAAAGACUCAAUACAGUACACAAAACAAACUAUAAUUGUUGAACCCAAUGACGUAAUCGACGCUUCACAACCUUUGACCCUAGAUUUGCUGACGUCACCGGAUGACGUAGUAACUAUAAAGGACAAAAAGUAGAUAUGGAAUCUCAUUUUGUAUUAUUCACUGGUCCGAAAUCACGAAUGUUUCUAUCAUACGACGUGGAUGAAAUUCGUGUUAAGCUAUAACUUAUAUCACUUGCUGUCUGAGACCAUUUUUGUUCCGUUUCCGUCGGAACUCUUUUUAUCUUGAAUAGCAUCAUUCUACAUAAAGAGAGGUUGCGUUAUUAAUCCAACACUGAAAAAUGGGUUUCACAUGACCUGUGUGUACAGAUUGGAAUAUGAUAGUUUCCCUCAUACAGACCCUUUUCUCACUGCAUACUGUAAUAAUUUAAGAACAACUGAUCCAAAUAGUUUUGUACAAAGCAAGACGCUGGCUUGAGUGGUUGAUAAAUCUUCAUUAACGUCGCCAAGCUGACUUUUAGUUUUUUAAAAAAUAUGUUUUGCCUGUUUGUUUGUUUAUUUAAAUGAAAUACAUAAGGUUGUGUCUACAAAUGUGUAAACGGUAUUAUAUUUUAUUUGAUUUUAUAUGUCCAUUGCUUUUGUAAUUAUUGCUUUUUAUUAGUCCUGCCCUCCCCAUCCCAAAAAAGUAAUUAACAUUUCAUAAUAUACAUUUGUGAUGAACCAUUAUUUUACAUAUUGUGAAUUAGGUUCUUUCACGUUUUUUUUAAAACUAUUAUUCAAAAUAUUGAAGAAAAUUAUUUCAUUUUACGGAAUAUUAUGGUAAUGCAUUAAAUAUUUUAAGGGUUAUUUCCCUUAUAUUGCUUUGAGCAGUCUGAAUAUGUUAGCUAUUUAGGCUUUCUCUCUCUCUUUCUCUGUGUUAUUUUAUAAUCUCUGAGAAUAUUAAAUUUGC